AUGAUGCGUGAGUUUAGCUACUCCAACCCAAUGGAAGUGCCGCGCCUCCAGAAGGUGGUGCUUAAUAUUGGGUUGGGGGAAUCGUUGACCAACGGGCGCGCGAUGGAAGCGGCCACCCAGGACUUGACGACGAUCAGCGGACAGAAGCCGGUAAUUACCCGGGCCCGCAAGUCCAUCGCGGGGUUCAAGAUUCGCCAGGGCAACGCAAUCGGUGCCGCAGUGACGCUGCGUGGGGACCGGAUGUACCAUUUCUUGGACCGACUGAUCAUUUUCCCGGAAAUUGACUACAACUCGAUCGAUAGGAUCCGCGGACUCCAGGUCACCAUAGCCACUACGGCGCGCAACGACGCAGAGGCGAUGAGGCUGUUGGAGCUCUACGGGUUCCCUUUCAUUCGCGAGACUUAG